AAUUUAAGAAGUAAAAGAUUGUCUUUGGCCAUACCUGAUUGCUCUCCCCAAUUUCAAUUUUAGCUUUGGAAGUAGUUUUUAUUUCAUAUUUACAAGUAACUUUUUAUUAGAUCGAAACCAAAAGUUCUAGAAAUGGCAGCGCAGUUGUUUAACCGGAUCGGGCAAGUUGGUCUGGGUGUUGCACUUGUUGGUGGUGUAGUAAAUUCUGCAUUGUACAAUGUUGAUGGUGGACACAGAGCUGUCAUAUUUGACAGAUUUGCAGGUGUGAAGAACUUAGUAGUUGGUGAAGGAACCCAUUUUUUCGUUCCCUGGGUUCAGAAGCCCAUCAUCUUUGAUAUUAGAUCAAGACCUCGAAAUGUUCCCACAGUUACAGGAAGCAAAGAUCUUCAGAAUGUUAACAUUACACUCCGCAUCCUAUUCAGACCUGUACCAGACCAGCUGCCCAGGAUCUACACAAUCUUAGGUAUAGACUAUGAUGAAAGAGUGCUGCCAUCCAUCACAUCUGAAGUACUGAAAGCAGUAGUUGCUCAGUUUGAUGCCGGGGAACUUAUCACACAAAGAGAAAUUGUAUCACAAAAGGUUAGUGAAAGUUUGACAGAAAGAGCAGGUCAAUUUGGUCUUAUCCUUGAUGACAUUUCAAUCACACAUCUUACAUUUGGUAAAGAAUUUACGCAAGCCGUUGAAUUGAAACAAGUAGCACAACAAGACGCUGAAAAAGCCAGAUUCCUUGUAGAGAAAGCAGAACAGCAGAAAAAAGCAGCUGUCAUAGCUGCUGAAGGCGAUGCCCAGGCAGCCAUAUUACUUGCAAAGUCAUUUGGCACUGCGGGAGAGGGUCUGGUUGAAUUACGUCGAAUCGAAGCCGCCGAAGACAUUGCAUACCAAUUAUCUAAGUCCCGCAACAUCACUUACCUACCGGCGGGUCAAAAUGUGCUUUUAAAUCUUCCAACACAUAACUAAAUGCCAUAAAUUGUUUAAGAUACUGUCUCAAUUGCUUUAUCAUCCAUCCACAUCGGAUAAACUAGUGGUCGGUCGUCUGUAUAGUUGCAUUUGAAUUUUCAUAACAAUAUUUUAAGUAUGUUGCAUUUUGGAGAGACUAAGGUUGGAUCCACAAAAUAGAUUGUAGUCUUUGAAUAGUUAUAUAAAGAAUUGUAAUUAUCCAUUAAACUUUAAUUUUGUUGCAUUGGGAUG